AUGACGCCUCUGCCGGUGGUGGUGGCGGCUGAGGCUUUGGUGGCCCCUGAGCCGACGGAGGGCGCGAACACGGUCGAAGACGCAGCCGAAGCCGAUCCCACUCUGUUCGAACUCGCUGAACUGCACGCGAUUGCCACCACCGCCGCCGAAGGUUGCUACCUGACCCCCGAUGGUGGCUAUCCGACGGCUGCAGGCCCAGGCGAUCUUGCGAAGAUCAGUUUAACCUUCCAAGCCACGGCGCCACGCAGCGGCAGCAAAUACGCGGGGGCGUAUACGAAGUCGUUUGGCGCUGUUCGUCAGAUUAUCAACUUGGCGCGGACUCCGGGUUUUGCUUACAAGGGUACCCUGGACGGAAAGAACGCCCGGCCUGGAUUCAAACUCCAACAUGCUCCUUUCCGUAUCCCCGACCCCAAUGACGAAGACGAUAAGGGCUCGUACGAACUAAACGAAUGGCCUGUCAAAUCCGUACUGGCGGGUGAGGAGAUCCAGAGGAUGGAGGGCAAGUAUGUUGUUGAUUGUUUGUGUGCGUACGACUUCGACGGAAGGAUCAUUGCGCCGGAAGAGUACAUGAAGAAACUCCCGGGAGCCUCAGUCGCGAUCACUUUCAACAUGAUUCACUACGCUUUCCCCAACCAGAAGGAAGACACUUUCGUGGCGGAUGUCGUCGAGAUUCGCCUCAUUAAGUCACAGAUUGCGCCGCCCCCCAGCCCUAAGAAACGUCGCCCGACCGUGCCUGAGAUGGACGAGAGCCCAAAGAAGAAAAAAAAUUAGGGCAUCGGCCGCUUAGUGAUCGGACUCGGAUUGUAUUUCAAUUGUCCGCCACUGUAUUGUACUCGUUCAUGAUUAUAUGACUUU